AUGUCUGUAAAUCCUAACAGCAACGGAAUAAUCCAACAUCCAAACAAAUCCACGACAUCUAGAUGUUCUUCAGUGACAGCUCUUUGUUCCAAAUGCUUUCGACCACUGUUAGCAUCUUCACAUCCGUUGCCAGAGAAUCCGUCAAUCCCAAGACAGAUCGGGCAGUGGUUUUUCUUCCCGCCCUCUGGAAAAGUGGCUGCAGUUCUGUUAGCAUGUGUGCUGUUUGCUUCGUGGUGGGCGGUCCUCAUAUCCAUAAGCAAGACUGAGGCCCUGCCUGGGGGCAGUUUGUUUCCGAUGCUAAUUCUGUUCAUAGGAUCUUGGUGCGUUGGAGGUUUGCUUGGGAACAUACCUGGGAUAGACGUGGCUCGGCAGAUCAAGCCCAUUUGGUCUUCUACGGCAAGAAACAUCGCUCUAACCGUGAUUCUGACACGAGCUGGCCUUGGCCUUGAUCCUGUGGCCUUGAAGCGUUUGUCCUUUGUGGUGCUGCGACUUGCCUUCUGUCCCAGCAUAGCAGAGGUCACAGUGGACGCUGUCGCUGCCCGGUUUAUUCUAGAUCUGCCCUGGACUUGGGCAUUCAUGCUGGCCUUUGUUUUGUCUGUUGUCUCCCCGGCGGUUGUUGUGCCUUCAUUGUUAGGAUUGUCUGAACGAGGUUACGGACUGAAUAAAGGUAUUCCAACACUGGUCAUUGCAGCAUGUUCCUUGGACGCAGUCCUCGCCAUUACCGGCUUCGGGGUGAUGCUGGGUAUCAGUUUCUCAUCAGGCGAUCUUGUGUGGACAGUGUUCAAAGGGCCCCUGGAAGCUCUGGUAGGGGUUGCUUUUGGGUUAUUCUAUGGAGUCCUGCUGUGGUACUUACCACAGAAAUCAAGUAAAAAUCUAGUCCUCUUUAGAUCUGCGUUGCUAUUGGCUGGGGGACUGAUGGCCAUUUUUGGAAGUAAAGCCAUUGAUUGGUCGGGUAGUGGCCCACUUGGAUGUUUAACGGUGGCCUUUGUAGCCGCCUUUCGGUGGAAGGAUGAAUACCGAAGUACGGGACAAAAGAAUCCUGUGGAGGAUGUAACUGCUGUACUGUGGAUGGUGUUUCAGCCCUUGUUGUUUGGGCUUAUCGGUUCGGCCGUCAACAUUUCCUCUCUGGAAUCGGACACUGUGGGUUUCGGAAUCGCCAUCUUGUUCCUGGGGUUGACAGUUCGAAUGGUGGUGGCUUAUUUAACCGUGCUGAGGACAGAGUUGAAUGUCAAGGAAAGGUUCUUCAUUCCUCUUUCUUGGUUCCCUAAGGCAACUGUUCAAGCUGCCAUUGGUGCAAUAGCUUAUGAUACUGCAGUGGAGAAAGGUGCUGCUGAUCUCAUUCCUUUAGGAAAACAGAUCUUGACGAUUGCCGUGUUAGCCAUUCUGAUUGCGGCACCGAUUGGCUCUAUUCUCAUCACUGUGGUUGGACCACGCUUACUUCACAGAACAGACUCAGGACAACCAAUUAGCGAUGACAUCCAGAAAACAGCCAUGCCAGAAAAUUGUGUCCAUACAAAUUGUGCUGCAGAAAUUGACGACGAAAAAUUAGACCAACAUGCUCCGAGCCCAAUGACUAAACUAUAG